CGUCCGGGCUGCGGAUCGCCUCUCGGACGACUCGGGCCGCUGUGCGCUGAGGACGCGACAACCCGGGAGGUGUCCGAGAGUGCCGCUCAGACCAGCAGCCGCGAGUCCGCAGCAUGGAGGAUCCGGGGAAGACGGAGGUGGUUCUCCUGGCGUGCGGUUCCUUUAACCCCGUCACCAACAUGCACCUCAGGCUGUUCGAGCUGGCCAGGGACUACAUGAACGGGACAGGAAAAUACAGGGUUGUCAAAGGCAUAAUCUCUCCCGUUGGCGAUGCAUAUAAGAAGAAAGGACUCAUCUCUGCCCAUCACCGAGUUAUCAUGGCCGAACUCGCCACCAAGAACUCCAGCUGGGUGGAAGUGGACAGCUGGGAGAGCCUUCAGAAGGAGUGGACCGAGACCGAGAAGGUGCUCAGACACCAUCAAGAGAAGCUGGAGGCCGGUGGCUGUGACCGCCAGCAGGACUCACCUGUGCUGGAAAGGCCUGGGCGGAAGAGGAAGUGGGCUGAGCAAAGAUCAGAAGUUAGUCAGAAAAAGUCCCUAGAGCCGAGGACGAAAGGUGUGCCGGAGGUCAAGCUGCUGUGCGGGGCGGAUAUCCUGGAGUCCUUUGGCGUUCCCAAUCUGUGGAAGAGCGAGGACAUCGCCAAGAUCGUGGGGGUCUACGGGCUCGUGUGCGUCACCCGGGUGGGGAACGACGCUCAGAAGUUCAUCUACGAGUCGGACGUGCUGUGGAAGCACCGGGCCAACAUCCACCUGGUCAACGAGUGGAUCACCAACGACAUCUCGUCCACCAAGAUCCGGCGAGCCCUCCGGCGGGGCCAGAGCAUCCGCUACCUGGUCCCCGACCUGGUCGGGGAGUACAUCGAAAAGCACAGCCUGUAUAGCUCGGAGAGCGAGGAGAGGAAUGUCGGGGUGGUCCUGGCUCCCUUGCAGAGGAACACUGCAGACACCAACUCGAACCCAACAGUGUGACGUUCUGGGCCCCCUUGCGGGGGCUUGAAUCAACACGGGUGUUAGCGACUGGAGAAAGGACGCAUGAGCCUGUUUCGGGGGCUAACGCUUAAAGGUGUGGUCAAAAUCAGUAGUAAAUGAAAAUCAGCUUUGUAUUUUUUCUCUUGAUCAGAAGUGGCUAUCUUGAUUAGAAGUGAAUGUUUUCAGUAUGACAGCCUUUUUUUCUCUCUCUCUAGAACGUACACAUCCUUUUAUCUUUAAAACAGGAGAUUAGCAGCGCUAAAACCGGAAGGCGGUUUCAUCAAGCUAACUAUAAAUAAGAAAUCACAAAGGACUUCCUGGCUUUGCCACCUAAGGGGAGCAGAGCAGGAAAAGCCAGAGUCCACGUAAAACCCUCACUGGGUCGUGGCGGGAAGAACACUCAGGCAGCCUCUCUCUCUGGGCAGCUGUUGCCCAGCAGGGCCCGGGCAACAGUUCUUGAAGUGGCCAGCUCGCCCGGGGCACGGCUGACCAGGCCUCCCCCGCGCUGUGCAGAGACGGGCUGUGAGCGUGCCCGGCAGGAGCGCCAGGCCGUCCCCCAGACACACACGUGCCCGCAGCCCCGCCGCUGGAGGCACAGAGCGGGGGCUGGCGCCGGAAUGUUCAGAAGGGUGCACAGCCAUCCCCGACGCCCACCCGGGGGCGGGGUGGGGAGCCUCCUCUGCUUCAGGGCCCGCAGCACAGCCCAGUAGUAGGUACCACGCGUUCCGACCCAGCCGGCCACCGUCGUUGCGUCUUCAGGAGCCACUGCAGAGAUGACGUCACACUACCGGGAACCCAGAGGACCCCGGAGAAGGAGGUGUCUGGUUCAAGAGUUGUAUGCCCGUGCCACUGCUCUAAGCCUUUAUCAGUAGCUUCACCCAAAGAUGAGCGGAGACCCUGGGAACAGGAAAAAGGCCCCGCUGGGCCAGCGCAGCAGGCUCAGCUCGGGGUUCUGGGCACCGAUGACGCGUAUGGGAGCUCCUGUCUCGGGCCAAAGCUUGGGUCUCUGAAGAGCCCCGCUGGGUCUGUUCCAGCCCACUGUGGGUCUGCCUUUUGUGAAUUCAAGCAGAAAGGGGGUCUUGAAAAAAAAACUUUAUUUUUUAGAGAGGGGUAGGGUGGGAGAAAGAGAGGGAGAGAAACAUCAAUGUGUGGCUGCCUCUCAUGCGCCCCCUAGUGGAGACCCGGCCGUAACCCAGGCAUGUGCCCUGAUUGGGAAUUGAACCAGGGACUUUUUGAUUCUCAGUCCGGUGCUCAAUCCACUGAGCCACACCAGUCAGGGCAAAAAGGGGUCUUUUUUUGAAAUACUUGUUCUCUUUGUAUCCUUUUGUAUGGUCAUUAACCAGGGUAGAACUCUCAAAUAAGUUAUAGCUUUAUAUUAAAAAUACAAGCUUGUUAUGGGAUACUGAUUAAAAUUUUGUGGAAGUUUUACCAAUUGGUAAAGCAAAAAGACCAGAAAUAGCUUUUUACAGAAUAGUUUUAUGGUUUAUGAAAAUUGUUCUGUGGCAGAAACAGGACUAAAGUUAAAAUUUUAAUGGAAAUAUAAUAAUUUACCUUAUGCAAUUUAUAUUUCAUACCUACAUCACUCUAGAUAAAGGAGGUACAGCUGCUAAGAAAAAAUACUUAAAAUUGUGCAAUUGUAUAAUGAGAUCUGAACCCGCAGUUUAUAAAAGGAAAUUGCUAAAUAAAACGAUCAAAUGUA